UACAAACUGCCACAACCAUGUCGGAUGCACGCUCAGCUGCGCGUUGAUCCGGAUCCGCCCAGUGUGACAGCCCUGACAAGAUGGCGGAGAGUGGAGGGGGAAAGUGAGAAAGAAAACAAAAUAUGAAUAGUUUUCACCGUGUGAGUUAAAUGGCUUUUGGAUUUAAUUUAGCCGACGAUUGCAAGACCGGAGCGUAUCAUAUCCAUUGAACGGCUUUAUGUUUGCGAUAUGCAGGACAAAUGCGCUUAUAUCAGGCGGUGUUAAAGUCUUUGGAGUGCGGUUGGAGGAAAAGGCUACGCAAGCUAGCUAGUUAGCAGGUUAGCAAACGGAGUGUUAGCGAGUAGUUGGUCAAUCAGUGAAAUAACUUAAAUGGUUUUCCGUCAAAAUAGAUUAACAUUUUUAAUCAGUACUGCUUAGUUUCUUAUUUUAUAUACGUGAUGGUUUGUUUGCACUCUGCACAAUGUGUCUAAUGUGCUAGUUAGCUAAUGUAGGGUUGCUACGGUGCUAGUUAAACCUAACGAGCCAGUUAACGAGCUACUAUACUCUUAGCUAAUUUUGUGAAGUCAAGAUUUAUCUGAUCAUUUACAAGGAUCGGUAGUUAUUUGGCAGUCGGACAACAUCAUCCACGAAGUACAUUUCGCGGACAAGUCAACACGUUUUUAUUUUGUAACGAGCUUGUUCGAAAGUACUGACUACAGUAUCCACAAAACGCAUUGCUAAAGACGCUCCCCCUCGGACCGACGCACGACUUGUUUGUGUGCAUUCGUUCUAACCAGUGACUUAGCUACUGUAAUUAUUUAGCUGGUGUACCUUGUCAGGCUGUCAACGGACGACAUGGCUCACUCUCCGGUUCAGAGUAGCCUGCCAGGAAUGCAGCUUGCAAGUCCAAUGUGGAACCUGAAGGCGGACCCGGAGGAGCUGUUCACUAAGUUGGAGAGGAUAGGAAAAGGCUCCUUUGGCGAGGUGUUUAAAGGUAUCGACAGAAGGACCCAGAAGGUGGUGGCUAUCAAGAUCAUCGACCUGGAGGAGGCGGAGGAUGAGAUCGAGGACAUCCAGCAGGAGAUAACAGUGUUGUCCCAGUGUGACAGUCCCUUUGUCACCAAGUACUAUGGCUCCUACCUGAAGGAUGCUAAGUUAUGGAUCAUCAUGGAGUAUCUUGGGGGAGGCUCAGCGUUAGAUCUGUUGGAGCCUGGGUCGCUGGACGAGACUCAGAUUGCCACCAUUCUCAGAGAGAUCCUGAAGGGUCUGGAAUACCUCCACUCAGAGAAGAAGAUUCACAGAGAUAUCAAAGCGGCCAACGUCCUCCUGUCAGAACAUGGCGAGGUGAAGCUGGCGGACUUCGGAGUGGCGGGACAGCUGACGGACACACAGCUCAAACGCAGCACUUUCGUGGGCACACCUUUCUGGAUGGCUCCAGAGGUCAUCAAACAGUCAGCCUACGACUCUAAGGCGGAUAUCUGGUCGUUGGGUAUCACAGCCAUUGAGUUGGCCAAGGGGGAGCCCCCCCACUCGGAGCUCCACCCCAUGAAGGUUCUGUUCCUCAUCCCAAAGAACAACCCUCCCACACUGGAGGGGAACUACUCCAAGCCCCUCAAGGAGUUUGUGGAGGCCUGCCUGAACAAGGAACCCAGCUUCAGGCCCACUGCCAAAGAGCUGUUGAAGCACAAGCUGAUUGUGCGUUAUGCCAAGAAGACGUCCUACCUGACAGAGCUGGUAGAUAAAUACAAGAGGUGGAAAGCGGAGCAGAGCCGACACAAGGCCGAAUCGAGCUCAGACGAGUCCGACUCGGAGCAGGAUGGUCAGGCGUCGGGCGGCAACGACUUCGGCAGUGACGACUGGAUCUUCACCAUCCGAGAGAAGGACCCUAAGAAGCUUCAGAAUGGCGCGGGCCAGAUGGAAGAGAGGCCAUACUCCACCAGCCUGUCCACUGUCAUCUCUCCAUCUCUGGCUGAGUUGAAGCAGCGUCAGGAGGCAGUGAAUGGGAACCCCAUGGCUCUUGAUGAGCUGAGACAAGCGAUCCUGCUGGCAGAGGAGGCUUACCCAGGGAUCUCUGACUCCCUGGUGACACAGCUGGUUAACAGAAUGCAGAGGUUUUCGUCAAGCAAGACAUCUUCAUCGACUCCCUAGUGAUUGGCUGUCGGCCCCUGCCUACCUUUUCCAGGUUCCGCCCCCAGGUCAGAGGCUAGGUGUUAGAGGUCAGCUUGGACAGAGGUCAGCCAACACCAGUGCACACCAGACACACAGAAUGCUUGGCGAAGAAUUCUACGGGCUCUCUUAGCAACGUGUCAUACCUGCGUAGACCAGAGGGGGCAGUAGAGCCCUUUAACACUGGUGGGAUAUGAAAUCCUACCACAAUCCUCUGGAGCCAAUCACAGAACAGCCUGACCUUGUGUUCUGUUAUGACUGAGAGCCCUUGAUGAGGGGUGAGCUAACCUGCGUGUCAAAACACCUGAAGACGAGAGAUUCAAAUGCCCCUUAACCCCAACCUGUCCUCCGGACUCUAGGAAAUCAUGCUGGAUUUAUUGGGGAUUUUGUUUUUUUCUUUCUGUGUGAGGAACCAGGUUUGGGUCAGGUCUAUUUGAUUCAGUCAGUACAGACAGUGAAUUGAAAUCCCAGGCCAAGAAUUAAACCAUUUAGUGAUUUUAGUUGGUGUUCUGAUUGGUCCCUGGCAUGCAUGAUGUUUCCUGUCUGCUCCACUUAAUGUAGGCAACACUGGAUCCCAGAAACCUUUCAGCAUGGACCACGCUGUUCAGGACUCACCAUUAUGAAGUAAUCAACAGGGUUGGACCUCCAGUUUGUUCAGGGGAGAUCAUGCAAUUCCAUUGCGGUUAUCUGGAGAGAGUAGCCAAUUAAUUAUACUGAUGAGUGAAUAUUCCAUUACAGCAGAUGGCUAUAAAUCACCAACCUUGGCUUAAUAUUAGUUGCUUUGCGAACAACUCUCUUAUCCAGAGCAACUUAGAGUAGCAAGUGCCCAGUGUAUCAGAUACAGCAACACGUGCACAUAAUUUGUUUGAGAAGCAAGGGCGAAAUGACUACUUCAUAAUGGAGAUUGCCUCAAUGGCGAUAAACAUGCUCUCACAGAUGCCACAAUGAGACGGAUUAUAAGAAGUGCUGUCCAGCUAGGUCCGUGGUGAUUUCCUGAUUCUCAUAGCUGUUGCCGCAUUCUCAAUGAACCUCAGGUAUAGUGCUUUACAUGAAUGGCUCUUCCGAGCCACAGGGGGCGCUGUGUAGGAUUUGUAUACAAACCAACAUGUAUAUAUGUUAAGUUGUCACUGAUGUUGCAGACAUGAAUCACUGUGUACAAACGGUCAUGAUGCGCUUUUGUAGAUAAUGUUAAAGGUAAAUAUUUAAGAUUCAAGUCAUUAAUGGACAAGAUGCCUUGCCUUUUUUAGAUUCACUUUUUUUGGCGUUCUUUUCUUUUUUCUCCAGUGGUUUUACUGAGUUGUAAAACUCAGUGGCUCUUAAUUUUAUUUCUGCCUUAGUUUGGAGUUUGAUCAUGUUGGGCUGGAUCCGUAUCCAGCAGUGCUUGACUUGGACCGAAAUACAUGCCGGUACUCAUUUUGGGUGCCUGUACUGCUUCUAUCUGGGUGGAGCAGCUCCCCAAUACCUUUUGCGCUAAUAUUCUUUUAGGGGAACGGAACAUCAGGCAGUACAAUACUUAAGGUGCCAAGUUUGGCACUGGUGGUAACCAUAAAACCCAACGACAAUCCCAAACAGGAAAUUCCUGGUGUUAUUUAUGACACAACCGGUCAGUGUUCUCAGUCUCUCUUUGUCCCAAGGUUCUCUCCCCUUAUGAAUGUGCUAUAAUGUGGGUGGACAAAGGGAGGAAAGGAGUCCCUCCAUACAGCGAAACGUGUCGUUCCUGUCCCUUCCUAUAAACAGCGUUUAUGACACCAUUCUGUCCCGCAGGUGCCAUUUGUUCCCCGUUCUACUCCCACAAAGUUCUGUAUUAUUUUGUUCCGCCCCUUUUCUAAUGUGUUUUAAAGAACAAUAUUGACCACUUUUUCAGAGUAGAAAAAGGUUAACAUAACCAUACAAAUACUGAAGUAAAAUAUAACCAGCCUGCCAGCGUAACCUCGGCUUGUUUCCUGUGUGUUGACUGGGAUUCAAUCUGAUUGCACAUUUUUAGGCUUUUUUUCAUUUUAAGGUAAAAUUCCUGCAUCAUGUUUACCACUGCAUGUCAAUUGGAAAUGAGCUUUAAAUGCCAUGUGCUAUAACACUGAUCUGUUAGAUCCUGGCCAAAACGUUUGAUCUACCGUGCUACAGCAGCAAUAAUGUGAGAGGAGUCACACUGACACAUGGAGGGACUCACAAGAAGUAAUCUCUGGUAUUUUUGUAACUAUUUGAGUCAUGUAUUGGAAGAAAUAAGGAAUUCUCAUAGAAAACACAGAAUGACAGAUUAUUAUGAAACGUGUACAUUCUGUUUGUUUAUCAUAGCUGCCAGUUAUUAGGAACGUGUAUAUAAUCUCUGCCUGUCAUUCAACCCACUCAAGGUCAAGGAAGAUCCUGAAUAUUUCCGUGACAUCGUCUGAAAUAAAGACCUGAUGCUAACAGUCUCCGUU